AUGGCCUACGGAGGCGGCGAGGGCACACUCUCUGCAGCAGCAGCUGCUGCUGCUUCGUCUGUGAGCAGCACCCCUGCUGCUGCUGCUGCUGCUGCUGCUGCUGCUGCUAGCGGCUCUCCUUUUUACCUCAUCAGCAGCAGCGAAGGACCAGUUUUGCUGCUGCUGCUGCAGCCGCCACAAAGAAAGCAGCCCUCUGCAGCGCUGGCCUCGCAUUCCAGCGCUUUCAGGCAGCAGCAGCAGCAGCAGCAGCAGCAGCAGCGGCAGCAGCAGCAGCAGCAGCAAAAGGCCCCUUUGGAGCCGCAUAGCCAGCAAGCCGAAGACGAGCAGCAACAGCAGCAGCAGCGAGGGCAGCAGGAGGAGCAGCAGCAACAGCAGCAGCAGCAAGAAGAGAAGCAGCAGCAGCGGCCGGACUCAGCCAUAAUUCCUUUCUGGGCGUUUUUUACAAAAAAUGGCUUACGGCAGCAGCAGCAGCAACAGCAGCAACAGCAGCAGCAGCAGCAACAGCAGCAACAGCAGCAGCAGCAGCAUUCUGUCUUUGGGGAGAGCAGCAGCAGCUUAAGGAGUACGUACAUUUUUGGCAUACGAAUUGGCCGUUGGGAAUCCUUGCUGUCUCUGCUGCAGCAGCCUUUAAGCGCAGCAGCAACAGCAGCAGCAGCAGCAGCAGCAACUGCUUACCCGCCGUGUCCGUUGCCACUGGUUUUCUUCAAGGCGCUGCAGCAAAUGCAUGCAGCAGCAGCAGCAAAAGCAGCGGGGCCCCACACCGGCGGUUUGCUGCUGCCGCAGUGGCGGCUGCAACACUCUGUGCUGCGCCAGAGAGGCAGCAACCGUGCUGCUGCUGCUGCUGCUGCUGCUGCUGCAGUCUGCAUCUAUCCGGAAGAAGCACUGCGCAUGAUAUGCCAGGCCCACUUGGCACGCGGAGCCGUUCAAUCUGGAAGGCAGAGGCAGCAGCAAGUCACGAAGUGCCGCCGUUUAGGGGCCCAGCAGGAGUUGGUCCACUGUGAGCAGCAGCAGCAGCAGCAGACGUGGCAGCAGCAGGGAGCAGCAGCAGCAGCCACUGCUAGCGCUGCUGCUGCUGCUGCUGCAGCUUCACAAAGGCAGCAAAGGAGACUGUCUUCUUUGGAACCAAACAAUGAGGAUGGCACAGUUGACACUCCCUCUGCCCUUCGAGGGUCACCAGUUGCUGCUGCUGCUGCUGCUGUUGCGGCGGCUGCUGCUGCUGCUGCACGGCCUGGUGCUGCAGCAGCGGCGGCAGCAGCAACAGCAGCAGCGAAUUGCGGAGCCACGUCCGCCAUUUCAAAAGGCUCUGCAGCGCAGACACAAGAGGACCUGCAAUGGGCAGUCAGUCUCGGCACGUCCAAGCAGCAGCAGCAGCAGCAGAAGCAGCAGCAGCAGCAGAUGCAGCAGCAGCAGAAGCAGCAGCUGCUGUUGCACGACCUCCUGCUGCAGCAAAAAAAGUCCAUGGAAGAAGGGCUGCAGCUUUUGCCAGCAACAGCUGCAUGCCACCACGACCUGCCCCUCCUGCUGUCCACUCAGCAGCAGCAGCAGCAACACCAGCAGCAACAGCAGCUGCAGCAGCAGCAGCAGCAGCUGCAGCAGCAGCAGCAGCUGCUGCUGCUGCAGAAUCCAGCUGAAACUGAGGGCCCGUACCCCAAAUGCUGGGGCGCAGCCAUAUCACUUGCUUCUGUGGAAUAUGUGCUGCGGGCUGAGGGGGCGCCCCCCCCCAUGCCCUUGUCGCAGCUGCUGCAGCAGCAGCAGCAGCAGCAGCAACAGCAGCAGCAGCAGCAACAGCAGCAGCAAGGCCCGCAAAGGUAUCUUGACGGAGAAAGCAGGCAUCUCUCAGGAGCUGCAAGGACACCUGAAGAGAUAACAGACCCGCAUGCAGCACACUGGCGUGAUUUCUUGCUGCGGUCUAGAGCAGCGAAGCAGCAGCAGCAGCAGCAGCAAGAGCAGCAGCAGCAGCAGCAGCAGCAAGAGCAGCAGCAGCAGCAACAACAGCGGCAGCAGCAGCAGCAGCAGCAGAAGCAGAAGCAAGAGCAGCAGCAGCAGCAGAAGCUGCAACAAUACACGCUGCAGCAGCAACAGGCCAGCCAGAAGCAGCAUCUACUCUACCGGCAGCACCAACUCUACCAGCAGCAGCAGCAACAACUGCAGUAUCAGGAACGGCAGCAGCAGCAAAAACAGCGACAGCAGCAGCAGCUGCAAAUGUGGCAGCAGCAGCAGCAGCAGCAGCAGCACGCUUGGCAGCAACACCAGACCUUCCAGCAGCAGCAAAAUAGGCAACAUCAAUAUAAGUAUCAGUGGCAGCAGCAGCAGCAGAGUCUGCUGGAGUACGAGCAGCAUCAGCGGCGCUUUCAGCAGCAGCAGCAGCAGCAGCAGCAGCUGCAGCAAUUGCAUCAAUUGCAACAACAGCAGGAGCAGCAACAUUGGCAUUUCCAGCAGCAGCAACAGCAGCAGCAGCGGCAAAUGUUUGACCCUCUUCAUCGCUGCUGCAGCAGCCACUUUAGCUCUGCUUGGCAGCAGGGCAAGCAGCAGCAGCAGCAGCAGCAGUGGCAGCAGCGGCAGCAGCAGUGGCACCAGCGGCAGCAGCAGCCGCGUUCGCGAUGCCGGCCGCGGCAGCAGCAGCAGCAGCAGCAGCAACAGCAGCAGCAGCAGCAGCAGUACUACGGUCAGCAACAGCAGCAUCAGCAGCAGCAGGAGCAGCAGCAGCAGCAGCGCCCGCAGCAGUGCUGGCGUCCAGUGUCACUCCAGAAACCCUAA